AUGGACGAGAGUAAUCAUAAUAUAUUUGAAGUACUGGAAUCGCCAUCUACAACAAAAACAUUAAAAAUAACUACAUCAACUACUACUACUAGUACUAAGCAAUCUUUACGUCGUUCUCAGCUACCGUUGAUAAAUGCAGGCAAUGGAUUAUAUUCGGCUUCAACUUCUACUGCUGUGACUACUUCAUCUUCUAAUGAACCUCCACGAAAAAAACGAAUAGAUCGAGCUCUUCAAGAUCUUGGCUUUGCAAAUCCAGGCCCGAAAAAUUUAGUUAAUGUUGCUAAUGUACCACCCAGACGUUUGAAAACGCGACAAUCAGCUGCACAAGAAAAGCCAAGUUCAAGUAAACCAUUAUAUGAUAAAUCGGGUCGUCUUCUAUCCGAUGGAACCGAUCGAUGCGAUUGCAAUCGUGUAACAUGCCCCGGAUGUUUCUUGCCGUGUACAGCAUGUCAUUCUGGUAAAUGCGGUCUCGAAUGUCGUAAUCUUCGAGCUUAUGUUUAUGAAUAUCGUUUGUAUGGUACAAAUAAGGAAAUAGUUCAACAAUAA